AUGGAUGUUGAUUAUGAGGAUUUUAGUAGCAGUUCGAAAAAGAGAAUGAGAACUGUAUCUAAUAGAUGUGGUUGCAAAGCUAAAGUCGUUUUUAAGUUUGAUGGUUUGAAAGGAUAUAAUGUUCUCUCCUUCGUUGAAGAGCAUUCUCAUUUUUUUGUCUCCGGUAGUGGGAAACAAUUUUUGAAGUCAAAUAGAGUUCUCGGUCUCGCAUAUAAGAAACUUGUAUUUGAUGGAGCAAAAGCCAACAUGAGGCCUAACAAAACAUAUAACUUUGCUAAGGAGUUGUGUGGAAGUUAUUCUAAUGUUGGUGCUACCUGUACCGAGUUUAAAAAUUGGAGUAGGGAUGUGAAGCUUUAUAUUGGUGAUCGAGAUGCUCAAAUGAUCAUCGAGAAGUUCACGGAUAAGAAGGAGAUGAGUGAUGGAUUUUUCUAUGAUUAUGCAGUUGAUGAAGGCGGUCGAUUAACUCGCAUCUUUUGGGCAGAUGUUAUUGGGCGAAGAAAUUACGAUGUAUUUGGAGAUGUGAUAUCAUUUGACUCUACAUAUUCCACAAACAAGUACAACAUGAAGUUUGUUCCAUUUACUGGUCUCGACAAUUAUAAGAAGUGUGUUGUAUUUGCAGCAGGAUUGAUAGCUAAAGAGGACAUUGAUAACUAUGUCUGGAUUUUUGAGGUAUUCAUGAAAUGCAUGAUUCGCGAGCCAAAGUGUAUUGUUACAGAUCAGUGCCCUGCCAUGAAGCAAGCUAUACCAACCGUCUUUACAGAAGCACGUCACCGUUUGUGCAUGUGGCACAUCAUGAAGAAAUUUAACCAAAAGUUGGCAAAAUGCAUUUCGAAGAUGGAUGAUUUCAAGAGGAAGAUAAAUGCACUGAUUUGGAGUAUAGAUAUAGAUCCAGCAACAUUUGAAGUAGGUUGGAAAGAUGUUAUGAAAGAAUAUAAGCUUGAAAGUAAUGAAUGGUUGUGUGAACUGUAUAACAUUCGGGAGUCAUGGAUUCCAGCCUAUUAUGUUGAUGAUCCAAUGGCUGGUUUAUUGCGUACUAUAUCAAUAUCAGAGAGUGAGAACAGUUUCUUUGACAAAUUCAACCGUAGAUCUGACACAUUGACAGAAUUUUAUCUCCGAUACGAGAGUGCUAUGGAGAAGCAAAGAAAGAGAUAA